CUCUGUAGUCACAUGCUUCAACGGAAAGUGCUAUGUCUAGUGUACUCAAGGUUCGCGAUAGAGCCACGUUUCCCAUGAUGCAUUGCAUCAAACAACCGGCGGGGACAUUCAAAGUUAUGGCAGAACUUUCGGAUGCUUUUAGUCCAAUAUCUCAGAUCGAAGACAUGGAAACUACAUUCACGAACAACGGCGUUGACAAUGGGUUACAAACGAAAUCACUGUUGACUUCAAAAGGAAACGAGAGUAGUGUACAGGAACCGAUGGUUACCAGUGAAGUCUCAACGGUACACAGAGUUCCAGACGCCGUGACUUCACACCGAACGUCUCAGGAGAUUGAGGAACGGUUCUCACCGACGGCCGUAAACCCAUGUUUAACGGUCAAUAGUAUAACCGAAAUAAAUGCCGUUUCCACUGAAUGUAAGUCGAAUUUAAAAUAUGGCUGCGACAACAAUACAGAAGACAAAGAAAACAUCACUACAGUCUUAACUGCCAUCGCCGCAGAGACUUCCUGUCCAGAUGUGAAUACAACUCCCAGUAAACAUCACAGCAACACAGAGGACAAUGAUGCUGAGGUAGUAAGAAGAGCCCAGGAGCAAGGCUGUGUGAACGUCAUUUUCCCUGGCAUUGUGACACAGGAAGGUUGCUGCCGCUUUGUAAGCGAAAUUCUGAAGUGCAUUCUUUACCAGAGGCAGCAGCUCCCCAUGACCUAUGACCAGCUAGUCUACUCCCAAAAGAAGCAGCACACUCAAAUGCAGGAUAAAGACUCAGUGAGACGUGGACCUGAACAGACAAAUGCAGGAUGGAGAAAGUGUCAGCAGACCCUGCAAGACAUGGAGGAGGUGCUUCAACAACUAGAGCUGCUAUUUUGUCUCAGCAGAGUGCCCCGUGUGCUGCUACUGAUGGGUGGCUCCCUUGUCUUGCCCAAGGAGCUUUAUGAGAUCAACAUGGAGGGCCUGGUAUUAUCAGGAGGAGAUCAAAGUCUUCGAGUGUCUUCAUGCCUGAGGCAACUUUUUCGUACACUUUUUGUGGCAGAUCUCUUGUCUGACAGCCGAUCUGUGCGAUUGAUGUCCACCACUAUCUUGGUGCUUGCUCAUAGGGACUGUGGUGUAGGAUGGUUCCGACCUAAACUACAGUUUAAAGUGCCAACCCGUGUUCAAAACCAAAUGAUUGCCCUGUCUUCGGAUCCCAGCUCCUUCAGGGAAGUAAGAGCAGAGGAGUCAGACUGGCAGGACUAUGUCUGGUUUCAGGCACCAGUGACAAUUAAGGGUUUUAGCAACUGACCCAAGGACUCUCUUUAUCCAUCAACCCUCAAUCCCUUUUUAAUAUAGGUUUAAAUGAUUUAUGAAUUGAGUUGUAUUUGUUUUAUACAGUAUGUUUACAAAGUAUGUUAGUUUAAGCAACCGGGAGUUACUUGGCACCAUCAGUGGAGUGUGUUUAAGUUUGUUUUGUUUUGUUUUUUAAUCCUAUGUAUCAAGGAGAACAUUUUUACUUAUUACUUGUUUUCUUGGCAUUUGAUGUUGGAGAACGUUGUAAUGUUUAUAUUUAUAAGGACUGUUUUAUGCAUUUUUACAUCAGGUAUCACAAAUCCUCCAAGCUUAUAUGAAAACAGAUCAACACAUCAAAGCAGUGCAAUAUAUUUUUAUGAGCCUGAAACUUAAAAGCUUGAAUACAUUAUGUUGCUUUCCUUAAUCACACAUUAAAUUGUCAUCAUCA